UUUUAAAGUUGGAAAUUGGCAAACCAAAAACUUUCAAACUUAUCAAAAAGCUGCCGUACCAAUAUCGAAUAUUAACGGCUGGUGCGAUGCCAGCCAGUCUCGCAUAAAAAUUCCAUCAAUAUGUUAGUUGUAUUCUAGACAGACAACAAACUGGUAAUUCGGAAGCAGUAGCGCGUAUUCGACAAACAACUGCAAAGCACAUACAUACCUACAUAUUAAAGCUAAGGAAUUUAGAGGGGCGGUACAUUAAAAAGACAAUACAAAAAAGAAAGUACAAUUAAUUAUAGUUAGAGUACGUAGUAGUACGACGUCACUUAAGCGUAAUUAAUUCAUUCAAGAGAAAUAUUGUGAAUCAUGGACUAUACACCAAAGCCCUCAGUUGUUCCAGCCAAUCCUUUUGAUGCCGAGGCCGAUGCCGCUGUAUUACGUGGCGCCAUGAAAGGCUUUGGCACCAAUGAAGAGGAAAUUCUUGGUAUUCUCACAGCACGCACCAAUGCCCAACGCCAGCUAAUCAAGGAACAAUUUUUGCGAGAAUACGGACGUGAUUUGAUUGAUGAUUUGAAAAGUGAAUUGGGUGGCAAAUUUGAGGAUGUCAUCAUUGCCCUGAUGAUGCCUCCAGUUGAAUAUUUGUGCAAACAAUUACAUAAAGCCAUGGCUGGUAUGGGAACCGAUGAAAGUACGCUCGUUGAAAUACUCUGUACAAAAUCGAAUGAAGAGAUGUCGGAAAUUGUUAAAUGUUACGAGGAUAUGUAUGAUCGGCCAUUGGCCGAACAGCUGUGCAGUGAAACAGAUGGACAUUUUCGCCGUCUGCUGACCUUGAUUAUUACAGGUGUGCGCGAUCCAGUGGGUACUGUUGAUCCCGAAAAGGCCAAGGAACAAGCUGAACAGUUGUAUAAUGCUGGUGAAGCCAAGUUGGGUACCGAUGAAGAGGUAUUCAAUCGUAUUUUGGCCCAUGGUAGCUUUGCCCAAUUGCGUUUGGUAUUUGAUGAAUACAAGGAGUUGUCGGGUCAAACACUGGAACAGGCGAUUAAGCACGAAAUGAGUGGUGAAAUGCAUGAAGCCAUGAUGGCAAUUGUUGAAUGUGUUCAAUCCCCAGCUGCCUUCUUUGCAAAUCGUCUAUACAAUGCCAUGUCCGGGGCUGGCACUGAGGAUACAACUCUAAUACGCAUUAUUGUUUCACGUUCUGAAAUAGAUUUGAUAAAUAUUAAAGAUGAAUUUGAACGGAUCUACAAUCGCACACUUGUCAGUGCUAUUAAGUCGGAGACUUCUGGCGAUUAUGAGCGUGCCUUGUGUGCCUUAAUUGGUGAUGCAUAAAUUUGGGUGUUUGGUGUUUUAAAUGUUUCGAUGAACGAAUCUCAAUGGCCUUUUAUGUGGAAAUGUAAUUUCGCGAAUUGUUGUCUGCAGCAGCUGUAAUUGUUUUGUAAAACUCGUGCUUCUUGAAAAUAGAUGUUACUUUUUUAUGUUAAAUUAUUCAAUAUAUACAU